AUGUCUUCCAAGAGUUUAUCCCUCGAAAUGUCUAAGCAAAAUCCCACCUCCAUCUCCAUCCAACCUCAAGACUUUGUUCGUCACCACAACAGCAAAGAUAGCACCGGCGCUGGUGUCUUUGACACCUACUCUGUUGGAAGGUGUCUCGGGAGCGGCGGAUAUGGUUCUGUUUACAGCUGUAGGCACAACCAAACUGGAGUGGAGCGGGCCAUGAAAGUCAUGACAAAGAAUCGAUCUGGUUCCUCUUCGAGUGUUAAUGGUGACAAUGCCGAUAUCUCUGGCAGGAUUGCCAGCAACCCCAAAGUGGAUUUGUCGGCGUCACAGGACAAGCCUUGUGGCAAGAAGAAGCAACAGCAGAAGCAGCAGCAACAGCAAGGCAGAGAAAUCCGGGAAUUCCAUGCCGCCAAGAAGAUGGAUCAUCCCAACUGUGUGUCUGUCUAUGAGUGCUUUGAAGAUUCACGCAAUGUCUACAUUGUCAUGGACCUCUUCGAAGGGGGCGACAUGCUCAGUGCCUUGACGUCUAAUCUGGGUUGCUUGAUGGAAGCCAAUGCUGCUCUUCUUGUUAACUCUAUCUUGUCCACUGUCAACUACUGUCACACCCACCUGAAUAUGGUUCACCUGGACUUGAAGCUCGAAAAUGUGAUGUUUGAAACUGACUCCUACAAGUUCAAGGAUGCCAAGAUUAUCGACUGGGGAUUGGCCAAACCGGUUGCGAUUGACGCCAACGGCAAUCUAAUCCGUUUUCGACAGGUUGUUGGUAGCACAUCUUACAUGUGUCCUGAGGUUUUCCAGGCUUCCUAUGAUCCAUACAAACAAGAUAUUUGGAGUAUUGGAGUCAUGACCUUCAUUAUGAUGUCCGGAUACCCACCUUUUAAUGGUAGCACGGAGCAUGAGGUCAUGACCGGUGUCUUGAUGCACAGCGAGCAGACCAUGGAACAGGCCAUGUCUGCCUCGCCUGUCUGGUCUACUGUCUCGGACGAGGCCAAAGAUUUCAUCAUGAGUCUCAUGGCCUUUGACGAAAAGGACAGACCUACAGCUGCUCAGGCUCUACAGCACCCCUGGCUACAAGGGAUCCGUGCCAACGCUAGCAUGGCUCAGGACUUGGCAUUUCAACAGGAUCCCAUGUACCGCAAAGCCUUGCAGUCCGUAUUUGGAAGCCUUGUGCGUUCCUCCGUCGUAGCCAAACGAGCAAGGGAGAAUGGUAGUAGUAGUAGUACUCUGAUCUGGAGAAAGAUCACCGCCGCAUUGCUCGUGUCGCAGUAUGGUAUAAUGGGAGCGACAAGGGAAGUGUUGGACGAUUGCUUUCGAGCCGUGGAUACCAACUUGGACGGUGUGCUGACACAGGAUGGCUUCCACCGAGGUCUCGAACGCUUCUACCCACAUGUCCUGUCGCGAGAGAGUGGCCAGGAUCUAGAAGAUAGCCUCUGGAAGAACAUGACGCAAGGAAAGGGCACUUUGACCUACACUGACUUUGUGAUGGUGGCAUCGACGGACUAUCUCUUGAAGGACGAGAACCGGCUCUGGUUUGCUUUCUGCGUCUUGAGCCAAGGCGGUGACUUGAUCACACCUGAUAGUCUGCAGACGGCUCUAAACCAACAGGGUACGACGCGUAAUGUGAUCUGCCAAGAAGGAUUGACAGGCCAAUCCAGUGUGAGUUUUGACGAUUUCAAAGCUCUCAUUGCGGGCACCUCGGUGAGUGGUGUUACCGGUACCCAGAAAACGAGUGUUGACCAGCCGGAGGCAACGCCCACGAAUUGCAUGAAAGCCUGCUUUUCAUGGAUCGAGCAGUACAUUCGGGACGCAAAACGCAAGCGCGAGGACACUGCAGAACAACAAGCAGAAGAGACCCCGUUGGUGCCACCCUUGACACCGCCCCAAAAGAAACCCCGUAACUCGUGA